AUGCGAAGAGGUGAUGGAGUUGUUGAUUAUGGUGAAACGGUAAUUAGUAGAAGUGUGGACAAGACAAAAUUUCCUGAAAAACUAUUGACUUUUAAUUCGUGGCGGGUAAUGAAUGUAUUAAGAAAACUGACUGAAGAAAAGUUGAAGACAUGUGAAGUAAAUGUAUUUGAAUUUUACAACAGAUAUGUAGCUGUAUCAUUAGGCCAAAGUACAGAAAUAAUCAAUGCUGAGCAGGGUACUCCUUCUUGGCAUAAAGCUAGAAAAGUAAGACUAACAGCCUCCAAAGCGAGAGCCCAGUUUACUUAUUAUUCUAAUAAAAAUGCUGAUUGGGAUAAAAGAUAUCAAGAGGUUUUUCACAGUAAUUUCCUUGGGAAUGAAGAUACUAUCAGAGGCCUUCGCUGUGAAGCAGUCGCAAGAGAUUUAUAUGGAGAGCAUUAUAGCUGCAUGAUUUUAGAGUCUGGAUUGCUAGUUCGACCAGAAUUACCAUGGCUUUCUGCAAGUCUAGACGGUACUGCCAUGGAUAAAGAUGGAAAUUUUCUUAGAAAUAUUGAGAUUAAGACAUUAAAGGAAGGAACUCGUUUAACUGCAGAUGAACUUAUAGAAAUGUAUGCAAUUCCUAUAUUGGAUAAAAAUCAAAAUUUGAAAAAAAAAUACUCAGCAUUAUACUCAAAUGCAAGUAGGUAUGUUAUUGUCAGGUAUUACAGAAUGUGA